AUGGCAUCAUUAACCCGUUUAACAUUAUCAACACCAUCGGCUUUAUGUCGUCUUGGUCAAUUAUUAGCAAAUCGACAAAUUAUAUUUAAACAACAAUUACCAGUAUUAACAUCAGCUAUAGUACCAUCUCAUCGUACAAUAACCACAUCGACAAUUCGUCGUGAUAUUGAUUCAGCUGCUAAAUAUAUUGGAGCUGGUGCAGCAACCGUCGGUGUAGCUGGUGCUGGUGCAGGUAUUGGAACAGUAUUUGGUUCAUUAGUAGUUGCUUAUGCACGUAAUCCAAGUUUAAAACAACAACUUUUUUCAUAUGCUAUUCUUGGUUUUGCUCUCUCAGAAGCUAUGGGACUAUUUUGUCUUAUGAUGGCUUUUAUGCUUCUAUUUGCUUUUUAA